UCAAAGCUGUUGUUGAUUGUGAUUCAGUUUUAUCGACUUCGUGACUUGAUGCGAGACAUCACAAAACCAUUCUCAACAAAGACCAUUCGUCCAUCGCAACGAGAAUACUUUGGCCACCUUUUACGAAUCCAAUUCACUGCACAUCAUGAAUCGCCUUGUUAGCACGAUUGCUGUCCUAGCCUCAAUUCUGGCAUCGACAACCGCGUUCGCGCCGUCGCUUCCUCUUGCCACCCGUACCGGAACAUUUUCUCCCAACACCGCCGUAAAUGAGUAUCAACCAGCGAGCUUGCAACGGCAACGAAAGUCUGUCGCACAAGUUCAGACCAUGGGAUUAUUCGGUCUAGGAGCCCCUGAGAUUGGAAUCGUUCUUGUUGCGGCUGCAUUCUUGUUGGGACCCGAUAAGUUGGCAAGCUUGGGAAAGGAUGCUGGAAAGAUCGCUGGAGAACUCAAGGAGGUGCCUAAGGAAUUCCAAGCCGGUAUGGCGGAAGGGGAAGCUUCGGCCAAGGCAAUGAAAGAGAAGCAGCAAGCUGAGACAGCCGUUGUCGAAAAAGAUACCACUACCGAAUAAGUAUCUGAAUGAAGAUAUCUGAUUCAUAUCGGUUGAAAAUAAGGUUUACGAAAUCGGAACAAAAUACUAUCGAAGAAGUACUGCGUAAUUUCGAACCUUUACCACGCAAGAACAAACAAUGAUCGUAAAUCAUUUUGAUUUUAAUUUAAGUGAAGAGCACAAUUAAGUUUUACAGUAAUA